ACUAAGCAUGAAAAGUUUGAAGAGGUAACAAAGAAAUAAGAAAUGGUUACUGAAAAAGCAAUUAGGUUUAGCACCAUUGGGUGCAUCUUUGUUCAGUCUCCGACAGACGCACACAUUACAAAAAAAAACGUUCAGUGCGAUUGCAACUUAAAAAAAAAAAACACUUCCAGAAACUCAAUAAAAUAAAACAUUACACGAAUGCACCUGGCAUCUCUCUCGCCUCUUUCCACACUUCGCUUCCUCCUUCCAUUAUCUCCCAAACUCUUUCCUCUUCCUUCUCUCUUCCGAAUCUCUGCCAUGGGUCCUAACUCUCAGGGUGGUCGCCGAGGCGGAGGUUUCUCCUCAAAUCGCGGUGGAGGUCGCCGUGGUGGACGCGGAGGCGGUGGUGGACGCGGCGGAGGAGGUGGCCGUGGAGAACAGAGAUGGUGGGAUCCGGUGUGGAGAGCCGAGCGUUUACGCCAGCAACAGGCUGAGAUGGAAGUUUUUGAUGAGAAUGAAUGGUGGAACAAGAUUGAGCAGAUGAAAACUGGAGGUGAACAAGAGAUGGUGAUAAAGCGUAAUUUUAGCCGUGGUGAUCAGCAAACACUCGGUGAUAUGGCUUAUCAGAUGGGUCUUUACUUCCAUGCGUACAAUAAAGGGAAGGCUCUUGUAGUUAGCAAAGUUCCUUUGCCAGAUUAUAGAGCAGAUCUUGAUGACCGACAUGGAUCCACUCAGAAAGAGAUUCAAAUGUCUUCAGAGACAGAGAGAAAACUUGGGAGUCUUUUGAAAACAACACAACAAGUAGGCUCUACUUCAGGAUCUAAUGACCAACAGGAUCGUACAUCAGCUAUUGGCGUGAAGAAAUCUGAUUCUGCUUCCAAAUUUUCGGAUUCUCAUGAGAAAGAAAAAUUCAGUGUUGCACUCAAGGACAGGCAGGAUAAAUUAAAGGCAACUGAAAGUGUAAAAGCACUUCAUGCUUUCAGAGAGAAGCUACCUGCUUUCAAAAUGAAACAAGACUUCCUUACCUCUGUUUCUGAAAAUCAGGUACUGGUAGUUUCAGGAGAGACAGGAUGUGGUAAAACAACACAACUUCCUCAGUUUAUAUUGGAGGAAGAGAUAUCAUCCCUGAGAGGUGCUGACUGCAACAUAAUAUGCACACAGCCUCGGCGUAUAUCUGCCAUAUCCGUGGCAUCUCGUAUCUCUGCUGAAAGAGGUGAACCCAUUGGUGAAUCUGUGGGUUACCAGAUCCGUCUUGAAUCAAAGCGUUCUGACCAAACACGGUUGCUGUUUUGCACAACUGGUGUUUUACUGAGACGGCUAAUUGAGGAUCCUAAUCUAAGCGGCGUAAGCCAUUUGCUAGUAGAUGAAAUUCACGAGAGAGGCAUGAACGAGGACUUCUUACUAAUCAUACUAAGGGAUCUUCUUCCUCGACGUCCUGAUUUGCGUCUUGUUCUGAUGAGUGCUACUAUUAACGCUGACAUGUUCUCAACGUAUUUUGGGAACGCUCCAACUAUGCAUAUCCCUGGGUUCACAUUCCCUGUGACAGAGUUAUUCCUAGAAGAUGUAUUAGAGAAAAGUCGCUAUACUAUUAAGCCGUCAGACUCAGGGAAUUAUCAAGGUGGCUCUAGAGGUAGAAGAAGAGACUCAGAAUCCAAGAAAGACGAUCUGACUACACUGUUUGAGGAUAUUGACAUCAAUGUUCACUACAAAAGUUAUAGCUCAGCCACAAGAGUUUCUCUCGAAUCAUGGUCUGGUGCACAGAUUGAUUUGGAGCUGGUUGAGGCAACAAUCGAACAUAUUUGCCGUGGUGAAGGUGAUGGAGCCAUUCUUGUUUUCCUCACUGGCUGGGAUGAGAUUUCCAAGCUGCUUGAAAAUAUCAAAGGGAACAGGUUACUUGGAGACUCGAGCAAGUUCUUAGUUCUUCCUCUACAUGGUUCAAUGCCGACCGUUAACCAACGUGAAAUCUUUGAACGUCCACCUCCUAACAAGCGGAAGAUAGUUUUGGCUACAAACAUUGCUGAGAGUAGUAUCACAAUCGAUGAUGUUGUUUACGUUGUGGACUGCGGUAAAGCAAAGGAAACUAGCUACGAUGCUUUGAACAAGGUGGCUUGUCUCUUACCAUCAUGGAUCUCAAAGGCUUCAGCUCAUCAGAGACGAGGUCGUGCAGGACGUGUCCAAGCUGGAGUGUGUUAUAGGCUGUACCCAAAAGUUAUUUACGAUGCUUUCCCACAGUAUCAGUUACCAGAGAUCAUACGGACUCCACUGCAAGAGCUGUGCCUGCACAUCAAAAGCUUGCAGGUUGGAUCCAUUGGAUCUUUCUUGGCGAAGGCGCUUCAGCCGCCUGAUGCUCUCGCUGUUGAGAAUGCUAUUGAGCUUCUCAAAACAAUUGGGGCUUUAGAUGAUACAGAAGAGCUUACACCCCUUGGUCGUCAUCUUUGCACUCUACCUGUUGACCCUAACAUAGGAAAGAUGCUUCUCAUUGGAGCUAUCUUCCAGUGUGUCAACCCUGCGCUGACAAUAGCCUCUGCUCUGGCGUACCGUAGUCCCUUUGUCUUACCGUUAAAUAGGAAAGAGGAAGCUGAUGAAGCCAAAAGAUACUUUGCUGGUGACUCCUGCAGUGACCACAUUGCUUUAGUUAAGGCCUUUGAAGGGUAUAGAGACGCAAAGCGUGGUGGACACGAAAGAGAUUUUUGUUGGGAGAACUUUCUUUCCCCUCUAACCCUAAAGAUGAUGGAGGACAUGAGGAACCAGUUUCUUGAUCUUCUUUCGGAUAUAGGCUUCGUUGACAAAUCAAGAGGACCAAACGUAUACAAUCAGUACAGCCAAGACAUGGAGAUGGUAACCGCGGUUCUGUGUGCGGGGCUGUACCCAAACGUUGUGCAAUGCAAAAGAAGAGGGAAGCGCACUGCCUUCUACACUAAAGAGUUGGGUAAAGUAGAUAUUCACCCUGGAUCAGUCAAUGCUAGGGUGAAUCUCUUCUCGUUGCCAUACUUGGUUUACAGCGAGAAGGUGAAGACGACAAGUGUUUAUAUCCGGGACUCGACGAACAUAUCGGAUUACGCACUGCUUAUGUUUGGUGGUAGUCUUAUGCCAAGCCAGACCGGGGAAGGUAUAGAGAUGCUGGGAGGGUAUCUCCAUUUCUCAGCCUCCAAGAACGUCUUGGAACUGAUACAGAGGUUGAGGGGAGAGGUGGAUAAGCUGCUGAAUAGGAAGAUAGAGGAUCCGAGUUUGGACAUAACGGUGGAGGGGAAAGGUGUGGUUUCGGCUGUAGUGGAGCUGUUGCGUAGCCGAAACAUCAGGUAUUAGGAACAGCAUUAUUUAAUCGGAUACUAGCUCCAUAAGUGGGACUUUAAGCUCAGGUUUAGGAAUGCUUUGUUAGGCGGACGAUAAUUAUUCUAUCAAACAUAUCUCCGGACAAUAAUUAUGUUUUGUUUGUUUGUUUGGUGCAAGUCUUUGCAUUGCUUGUUAUUUUAUCUAAAUCUUGAAUGCAAUGCUAAGAAAAUAUGAAUCAUAAAGUAACAUGUAAUGUAAAACAUAAAUUAUGAAAAUAAUUGUUUUCGACAACAA